AUGCUGAAUAGUUUAUUCACUGCAGGCCAUAAAGAAGCUGUACUCUCGGUUGCCUUUAGUUCGGAUGGACGACAGUUGGCAAGUGGGUCCGGUGGUACCACUGUUCGUUUGUGGGACCUAAAUACCCAGACUCCUUUGUUCAAGUGUAAAGGCUAUAAGAAUUGGGUUCUUUGUAUUGCAUGGUCAGCAGACGGUAAGCAUCUCAUUAGUGGAAGUAAGGCUGGAGAACUUCAAUGCUGGGACCCACUGACAGGGAAGCCAUCAGGAAAUCCACUUAUUUGCUUUGCUUGGGUAGUGCAGUUCCAGCUGGUUGGUAGUGGCUAUGAAAACUAUGCCUCUCCAAGUUCUUUCCUUUCUGUUACUUGGCACUUUUAUGCAAACUUUGCCACUCUUGAAAAUGAGAAUCAAGUGCCUGCUGCUAUUAGUGUUUUGUUUUGAUCAUAGUUACCAGAAAUCGCUAAAUCUUUGACAACCUACCAUCUGGGUACAUCAAUCUCAAAUGGGGUGGAUUUGAUAUUCAUAUCACCUUAAUGUCCAACCCUAAAUUGUAAUGCCAACCUCAAAUUGUUUCUCUUAGAUAAUGUAUCACAAAUAAAAAAUAAAUAUUAAUUGACUAUAAAUUGUUUUUGAGUAUGUGUUUAUGCAUGUGUUAUUAUACAUAAUUUUAUA